AUGUAAGGAAAAAAGCGAGAUUCGGUUCAGCACAAUAAGGUGGUUGUAAAUAAAAUAGCAUUAUUCUCAGAAUCUACUGAAGAAGAUUAGCAAGAACCUAAAAAUUACACUAUAUUAAGAAAGAGCCAAAUUGUACUCCCACCACCAUUAAUUAGAAGGAAUAAUAUAAAUUUAACAGCUCUGAAAAUCUCAAAUGCAGAUAUAUUCAAUAAAAGUAAUUUAGGCCCUUAAUCUGGCACUAUAAGAUCUAACACAUAAAACAUGAAGUCUUAUUUGCAACUUCCAAGUUGUCCUAAUUCUCCAUAUAAUAAAAGAAGGGUAAGCAAGGCAGAAAGAUUUAUGAUGGAGACUAGCAUAUUGAUUUAAGAAUAAAUUGAAAAUAUUUAGAAGCAGAUGCUUAUGAAUGAAAAUAAUAACAAAACAUACAAAGAAAGUUUUCAAAGUUCUCCAAAGCAUCUAGAGGGUAUAAUUGAAGAAACUUUCGGGGAUUACAAAAUGUAGAGCCCCGGAUUUAGUCCAAGCAAUCGGGACAAGUUUAAGAAUAUAAAACCAAAAAUAGACUCAAGAAAUGAAUUACCUCUAUCGAAUAACUUUAAGAGACCUUAAAAUUUAGUUGACAAAGUACUUGAAAAAGAAGAAGGAUUUUUCUCUCAAAAAUCUCGAAGUCCUGCAAUGAUGAGUUAACUUGAUUAAGAACAAGACUUAAAAUACCAGUAAUAAUCUAUAAAUAGAAAAAGCUUGGCAAAUACUAGACUUUCAGUAUCAUAAAUAUGGGAUAGUACGACUAAUAUUGAAAGAAGAAAAACGAUUUUUGGAAGAUUUUCUGGGACUGAACUUUCAAAUAUCUAAAAUUAGCAAAUGAAUUUUAGUAAACUAGUAUAAAAUGGGGAUUAGUCAUUUUAAAAUUAAGUUUAAUAGCAGACAAAAAAGCCAUUGAUAAGACUUGAGAGUAUGAUGUUAAUGCCUAAUAUUGAUCUUUUUGAUUAAAAAACUACUAAAAACUUGAGUACUAAUAUAAAUCUAUCCCCAAUUAAAAAUUUUAAUCAAAGAGAUAUCCUUACACCUAGUUCAAAAGAUAACUUAUUUAAUUUGACAAAAAUUGAAGACUUAUAAUCACCAGUUAGUAAAAAAGAUGUCUCAAGAAAACUUUAGCUUGAUCUUACUUAACUUAGUGGAGAAAAAGAAAAGAAAGUGAAGAAAUAAAAACUUUCAGAACAAUUAUCAAGCCCUAAAAAGUCUCAAGUUGCUACUCCUUCAUUGAAUUCACUCAAUUUGAAAGAUAAAUUCGAAGAAGCUCUAGGUAAAUAAGUAGGUAAAAUGGCUGAUAUUAAAUAGAAAGAAUAAAUUAUGAAUUUAGGCAGAAAUGAAAUGGAUGUUAUCGAAUAUUGGAAAUAAAAGAAUGAGGGAAAGAUAGUAAAAUUAGACCCAGAAGCGCAUAAAUAAAUAGAAUCAGACAAUUUUAAAAAAGAAAUGCUAAUGAGGAAGGGUCUUAAUAAGGAAUAUGAGGAGGAGUUCAAACUACUUCAAAUAAGCAAAUAAUUUGAAAGAAGAAAUCAAAAUUAAAAUCCUAUUUCAAAGUUAAAUAAAGAUUAAGUUAUGUCUUCGCUAAUGGCUACUUUUACUAAUAAAACUUAUUUAAAAUAACUUAAAAAGAGUAAUAAUGAGAUGGAAAGAUCUCUAAAUCAAAUAGGACUAAGUUAUGAUGCUUAUAAAUCUCUCGCAAGUCAUCUCUGCAAAUUCUACAACUUUACUUCUGAAAGAAAGACCUUAAUCCAAAGAAACAAAGAGAAAAAUCAAUAAGAAACAAUGAGAGAAAUUAGUGAUAAAAUCCAAGACAGAGUUAGAGAACAAGGUGAAGAUGGUGAAAAAUUUAAUCAAUUGAUGAUUGAAAUAUAAAGGAUAGCUAGAGGGAAUGAGAUUGAUUUUAGUGAGUAAUCAACACAUAUUACAACAUAAAGAUCACACAUGCAAAAGUCGCCUGAUUUUUCAAAUUCUGUUAUCAAUAGCACAGGAAACAAUAAGCAUUUCCACAUUGCAGAUAACAUUUAAUUUAAGAAAAUUAUGAAGUUAUUAAACGAUUGGUAUGAAGCUAAAGAACCUCAACCUGGAUUGCAUUUGAGAAAUCAUGGUCAUUCUACUCCUAUAAGUUAAACCCCUUAGUCAGUAAGUGCCUCAGCUCGAGACUCAAUAUCAAAUAAUUCAACUAGUAGCAAUUAGAAUUCAGUGAAAUAAAAAAGAAAGCACUAAUAAUCACCCUAAUUUAGAAUUGGAGCAUAAAGUGCUAAAAGCUCAAGGUCUUAAGGGAAAUCUUAGAAUGUUUACACCUCUAAUAAUCCUACUUUUUCAAAUAAAUAAAGUGACUAAGAAAUCUAGGAAUUUAGUAAAUACAUAAACUCCUUACUUAUGAAAUCAUCAGACAAGUUUAUAAAGAAAAGAUACAAUGCUUUUUUGGCAAAAAACAAAAAAUCUUAAAAAACUCCAGAUUUUUUUAAGAGAAUGGAAGAAGAUUAGAGAAAUAGAAAUAUGGCUAUUCAAGUUAUAAACACAAUGAAGGAAAGCGGAGACUAAUAUAAAGUAAGCAGGCUUAAAAAGCUAUCUUAGCUAACUAAUUUCGUCAAAUAAAGAAGUGAGUUAAGUCCUAAUGGAGAACAUGCAGUGAGCAUGAUUGAUUUGAUAAGGCUAAAGCUUGAUGAAAAAAUUAAAAGAUAAGUUAAGAAGAAAAAAACAAACUUCUUAAGUUCUCAGCCUAGUAGCGUCAGAGACUCUCCUAAAUAAUCAAUAAGAAAGCAUUCAUUCAGUAAUAAUCAUGUUAAGACAAUGGCUAAUGUAAAGAUAAACUUGGAAUAGCUUGACUAGUCGUCUUCAUCAAACGGAGAUGAGGGAAAUGAUUCAGUUCCAAUUAUUAAAAGAGAUACAAAGGCUAUAAUAUAGUAGCUGAAGGACAAGAGAAUAAGCCAUUAGAAUGUGAAAAAAUCUGUAAAUUUUGACUUCUUAAUAGACAGAGAUACAAGAUACUUUUCAGAGAAAAAGGCUUACAGAGAUCAUUAAAUUUCCUUGAUUCAUUUGAGAAAUGCAAAUCCCAUUGAUGAAUUAAUACAAAAUAUUGAUAGAGAAGUAAACAGAAAAUAACUUCAAAAAUUUAACUUCAAAAUCGCACAUCGUUGA